AUGGCAUGGCUUUCGGUAGCGUACAUGUUCUACAUAUCUUGUGCUACUGCUGGCGCUGUAAACCUCUACAGCGCCCGGGCCUUUUCGCAACGAGGAAAACAGUUGGACCAGGAGGUUCAAUUUGGUCCUUUGGGCGAUAUCGUAUCUUCUGCAACCAACGCCGUUGGCGAUGCAUUGGGGUCAGCAGUUGACUCAAUGACAUCUUCUGCGGCCAAGGCCCUCUUAGGUGACAUGGCCGUUGACAACUUCGACCUUCCACCACCUGGUACGCACGCAGUGAACCAACAGGUGGUUCUUUGUGCCAUUGCCAUGCUCGUAGUCCUGGGUGUCGGUUGUGCGUUGGACAUGUUUUUGGCACCGCCAAAAUCGUCUACGCGACCGUCUUAUCUUUGCCUGGCAGCCCUGCUAGGAAGCUAUGCCCUUCUUCUACCAGGACUGGUUACUACACUGUUCCAGUUCAUUCUUGGCGUUGAAGUGCUCGGGGUGAAGGUCAUCCUCACACAGGUGGAUGGAGAUUAUGCACCUAUAGUGGAAUCAGCCGUUGGUGUUGUUCACCUUCUCUUUAAAACGGGUGGCUGGAUAGGGGCUUUCCUGCUCAUCCUCUAUGCCAUAGUGGUACCUGCAGUGAAGAUUGUUGCCUUGAUCAUGGCUGAGCUGUGGCGGGAGGAUCAGGACCCCAGGAAAGUGCGUAUGGCCAAGCACAUGGUGGAGGUGGUGCAGAUCAUCAGCAAGUGGGCCUGUCCAGACAUGUUUGCCUACAUCCUUUUGUUAUAUUUGUUUCGUCAUUUGGAUGGAGCUGGCGGCGUGGUGGCAGCACCUGCGCAGCUUGGAAUUGGUUUCGCUUGCUUCAGCCUUUUCUGCGUCUUCUCCACGUUCUCUACCCUCAUGGUGCAGGCCCCUGCAGUUUCCGAAACCAUAGAGGUGGCCAGCCCUCCUUGGGUCCUACGAACCUUCGGCUCCGAGUCUCUCUUCAGCGUGGCAGCAAUAGCUUUCCUGGGGUUCAUGGCCACAUUUGUCAUUGGUUUGUUUACGCCAGCGAUGGCCAUUUUCUUGGACUCUGGCCUUUUCCUCAAGCCGAACGGGCCGCUGGAUGCUUCAAUGAAGCCGCUAUUGGAUUCACUCCACAUUGAGGACUUAGUGAAUGCGGAGGUUACAAUCUCUGGGGCUACACGUGCACUUAUGGGCUACAUUGCCAAGGGCGAGCUCAAUGACAUUUUCGCAGUGCUUAUGCUUUCCGUCUUUGUGAUCACGCUCCCAGUUGUGAAUAUGCUUUGUCUCCUUCUAGCCUCCUGCAACAUGUCGAAUCCGGAUGCAGCUUGGAGGUUUAUUCGAAUAUCCAGGGUUCUGAAACACAUCGAGAUGUUAGACGUGGCCAUCAUGGGCAUCAUUGUCGUCACCUGUGCCGGCACAGCCUACCACAAAGAAGGUGGGCAAAGGAUGAGCGGGUCUCUGUUGUUGGCUGGUGCCGGCUAUGUUUCUCUUCUCAGACAGUGGCCGGUCUAG